CUGCGAGUCCCCGCAGCACAAAGAGGGUGUUUGAGCGCUGCUGUUCUCGUGUCGUGCAGGGCUUUCACCACGGGGACCCCGCCAGCACCGCGCUAUCACCACUCGGCUGUGGUCUAUGGGAGCAGCAUGUUCGUGUUCGGUGGCUACACUGGAGACAUUUAUUCCAAUUCCAACCUGAAGAAUAAGAACGAUCUCUUUGAAUACAAGUUUGCAACUGGACAGUGGACUGAGUGGAAGACUGAAGGGAGGUUGCCAGUUGCCAGGUCAGCUCACGGUGCAACAGUGUAUAGUGACAAGCUGUGGAUCUUUGCAGGAUACGACGGCAACGCACGGUUAAAUGAUAUGUGGACAAUUGGCCUCCAGGAUAGAGAGCUAACGUGCUGGGAAGAGAUUGAACAAAGUGGUGAAAUUCCUCCUUCGUGCUGUAAUUUCCCUGUGGCUGUUUGCAAAGACAAGAUGUUUGUUUUCUCAGGCCAGAGUGGAGCAAAGAUUACCAAUAAUCUCUUCCAGUUUGAGUUCAAGGAAAAGAUUUGGACCCGGAUUCCCACCGAGCACUUGCUUCGAGGCUCCCCCCCUCCUCCACAACGACGCUACGGCCACACGAUGGUUGCGUUCGACCGGCAUCUCUAUGUGUUUGGUGGUGCUGCAGAUAACACGCUGCCCAACGAGCUUCACUGCUACGACGUGGACUCGCAGACCUGGGAAGUUAUCCAGCCCAGCCCAGACAGUGAGGUGUCCUAUCCAGAUGUGGCUGAGAGAGUAUCUGGCCUUGAAGGAGCUCCCUCCUUGCCCUCAGAAGUGUGGUUUCAAAAACUCUCGGAUGUAUUUGGUUUAGAUUUCGGCACAACAGCAGUUAAACAUCCACCUACGGCAGACUCCGAGUUACCCAGUGGGAGACUCUUCCAUGCAGCAGCUGUUAUCUCAGAUGCUAUGUACAUCUUUGGUGGCACUGUGGACAAUAACAUCAGGAGUGGAGAGAUGUACAGGUUCCAGUUUUCCUGUUACCCUAAAUGCACUCUCCAUGAAGACUACGGAAGGCUGUGGGAGAACAGGCAGUUCAGUGACUUGGAGUUUGUUUUGGGAGAGAAGGAAGAACGAGUCCGAGGGCACACAGCAAUUGUUACAGCUCGCUGCAAGUGGCUGAAAAAGAAGAUCAUGCAGGCAAGGGAGAGGCUGAAACAGAAAUCAAAGCAAGAUAUUGAAGACGAGGGACAUGCGACGUGUCAGCGGGAUGGGAUUGGUGGGAAUGUCAAGUUGUGCCGCCUGCAGCCGCUGCUGGAAGUGCCCAUCCGCGAGGCUGAGGCGCAGCCCUUCGAGGUGCUCAUGCAGUUCCUGUACACAGAUAAAAUCAAGUACCCUCGCAAAGGGCAUGUGCAGGAUGUGUUACUUAUUAUGGAUGUAUACAAACUAGCUUUAAACUUCAAGCUCUCUCGCCUGGAACAGCUCUGCCUUCAAUAUAUUGAAGCAUCCGUGGAUCUGCAGAAUGUGCUCAUUGUGUGUGAAAAUGCCAACAAGCUCCAGCUGGAUCAGCUAAAGGAACAUUGCCUGAACUUUGUGGUGAAGGAGUCACAUUUUAAUCAGGUAAUAAUGAUGAAGGAGUUCGAGCAUCUUUCUUCAUCCCUCAUAGUGGAGAUUGUGCGGAGAAAGCAGCAGCCUCCUGUUCGAACACAUUCCGAUCAGCCGCUUGACAUCGGAACAUCUUUAAUUCAGGACAUGAAGGCUUACCUGGAAGGAGCUGGGACUGAGUUCUGUGAUAUCAUCCUUCUCUUGGACGGCCACCCUCGGCCAGCACAUAAAGCCAUCCUGGCCGCCCGCUCCAGUUACUUCGAAGCCAUGUUCCGUUCCUUCAUGCCAGAAGAUGGGCAAGUGAAUAUUUCUAUAGGUGAAAUGGUUCCCAGCAAGCAAGCUUUUGAAUCGAUGCUCCGAUACAUUUAUUAUGGGGAAGUAAACAUGCCUCCUGAGGACUCCCUCUACCUCUUUGCUGCACCUUACUAUUACGGCUUCUCCAACAACAGACUGCAAGCCUAUUGUAAGCAGAACCUAGAAAUGAAUGUCACAGUGGAGAAUGUACUACAGAUUUUAGAGGCAGCUGACAAGACCCAGGCGCUGGACAUGAAGAGGCACUGCCUGCACAUCAUCGUUCACCAGUUCACCAAGGUCUCCAAGUUGCCAAAUCUCCGCUCCCUGAGUCAGCUCCUCCUCCUUGACAUCAUAGAGUCGUUAGCUAACCACAUAUCAGACAAGCAGUGCGCAGAGCUGGGCUCAGACAUUUGACAUGCUUUGGUAAUCAAACUUCUCACUUGUUCCUCAAACAAACUAGCACUUUAUGGCUGACUCUUUCUUCUACCAUUCCAUACUGAGCUGCUCACAGAGUCUACACAGUACAGCAGGCCCUGAGGAGCAGGGACAGCUGACGUGCUCUCCCGUGGACUUGCUUGGUUUGUACCUUUGUGGCGAAGGGUUUGGUCUCUCUUACGCAGAUGUAAAAUUGAAACCAUU